GAGGGAAGUCUGGGCAUCCCUGCUUAGACUGCUGCCCCCGCGACCCGGCCCCGGAUAAGCGGAAGAAGAUGACAUGAUGACAUGACAUGUUCUGGGCAUUUGUUCAAUAAGAUGUAACCGAGGGACUGGCUGGACAUUAAAACAUUUAAAAAAUUACCGGCCCAUCUCUGUCUUACCUUUCAUUUCCAAGUUAUUGGAGAUCAACUCCAACACUUUUUGUCAAAUAACUGUAUAUAUGAGGUUUUUCCUAUCUGGGUUUAGGACUGCCCACAGCACUGAGUCUGCUCUCCUGCGAGUGCUGAACGACAUUUAUAUCUCUACUGACUCUGGAGACACUGUGGUUUUAGUUCUCUUAGAUCUUUUGGCGGCUUUGGACACCGUUGACCACCCAACUCUGUUAACUAGACUGGAGACAUGGGUGGGCAUAAAAGGCUCUGUUUUGUCAUGGUUCCAGUCUUACCUUUCUGACAGAAAGUUUUUAGUAAAGAUGGGCAACUUCUCCAGCUCCAUGGCACCUCUGAGCUGUGGUCUUCCACAGGGCUCCAUUUUGGCUCCCUCUCUAUUUUCUCUCUACAUGCUACCACUGGGCGCAAUGUUUAGGAAACACUGUAUGCGGACGACACUCAAAUUUACAUUCCAAUUAAGCGAAAUAAUCCUGCAGCAAUAAAUUCUCUUCUGCUAUGCUUAGAGGAGGUGAAGGCAUGGCUGGCUCAAAAUUUCCUCUCUCUAAAUGAUGAUAAGACCAAGUUCAUUGUUUUCAGCCCGAGUGAGAGGUCCCAGUGUGCAAGCCCAGACUUGGGGAGUCUAUCUCCCGUUAAAUCUACCGGAGUGCGGAACUUAGGUGUUCUUGUUGACCAGUCCUUAAAGUUUGAUAAACACAUCUCAUCUGUAAUCAGUUCCGGUUUCUACCAACGAUCAUAUCUCUCCUAUCCUCAGAUCUUAACACUGGCUACCAGUUUGGCAGAGAAUAGAUUUUAAAAUCCUCCUCUUUGUCUACAAAUCUUUACACAACAUAGCUCCGGUUUAUCUCUCUGAACUUCAUCCGUACAUUCCGUCCAGAAGUCUCAGAUCCCACGACCAGGCGCUGCUGGUAGUCCCUCGUGUCAGACUAAAGCGUAGAGGGGAGCAUGCUUUUGCGGUGGCAGGGCCUCGUCUGUGGAACACCCUCCCUCUAGAGAUCAGAACGGCUCCAAACCUCUCUGCUUUUAAGUCUUUGGUUAAAACAUACCUGUUCUCUUUAGCAUAUUGAUGAUUUUUCUUGGGCUGUUUUAACUAUUUUACAUUUGUGUCUUUGUUUUAAAGUUAAUCUUAGUUUAGAUGUUCUCUAUAUGUUUAUGGGUUGUUUUGCUGCUUUUCUUUUUUAUAUGCGUGUUCUGUAAAGCACUUUGGUCUGCCUAGCGGCUGUUUAAAUGUGCUAUAUAAAUAAAUGAACUUGAACUUGGACAUCAAAAUAAGAGAAGCAUGAACUUUUCUGAAGUCCAUAAAGUCCUCAUUGGGUCAUCUUUCUUUGAGACUAUAACAACAGAGUUUCUCCACUCACUUUGUGACCUUUCAAUGACUGCUGGUGACUUUAUCACCACCAGCCCCUCCUUGAAUACUGGAAGAAACAUCUCAGGAAUCCUAGAUAUUCUCUGGCAAACCAAUGUGGUAUAACAAGAUUUUUCUGAGGACAUAUGGCCUCCAACUCUUUCUGCAUCUGUGGAGACAAAUGUGGCAAAUCCAUAUCCAGAUCUGGACUGAUGCUUGGGAAAAGAGACAGAACUUUCCCUAUGAGACUCUGAGACAUUACAAGCUGCUCUGCAGCGCCCCCUUCUGGUUCAUGGGCUUACCCAAUGGCAAAACUCUCCCAACACCUGUCUCCUUACAGAACAUUCUGUCCUAACAAGACUUAUGCCUUUAACAAGCCCAACAGUUAAACACAAGCUCUUUCCCUGUGCCUGGGCUGCAGGAUACUCAUGUUCAUCUCCAUUUGCACAGUAUUUAUGUCGGGUUCUAACACUAACUAACAGGGCUGUAGCUGGAAUACCACUGAUUGUGACUUGCAUGCAGUGACUUGACUUAGACUUGUCUGAAGUGACUUAAAGACAUUUCUGGUUUGGCGUAAACAGAAAGUGGCUGUACUGAAAAUAACCUGAUCCCCACUGUUAAAUAUGGUGGAGGUUCCAUGAUGUCUUGGUGUUGUUUUUCCUCCAAAGGCCCUGGGAACCAUGUUAGGGUACAUGGAAUCAUGAACUCUAUGAAAUACCAGGAACUUUUAAAUCUGAAUUUGGCUGCCUCUGCCAGGAAAAUAAAACGGGGUCAUCAUUGGAUCUUCCGGCAGGACAAUGAUCCUAAACAUGCAUCCAAAUCAACACAGAAAUGGUACACUGAACACAAAAUCAAGCUUCUGCCAUGGCCAUCUCAGGCCCCUGACCUAAACCCCAUUGAAAACCUGUGGGCUGAGUUGACAGAUUUUUUUCACAGAAUAAAUUUACUUCAAUUAAAGGUUGGAUGUUUUCAGCUUAUUCAGCUUAUUCAGCAAAAGGUGAAUUUUUUAGUUAUCCUUUUUUACUCAUCUUUACUAGGGGUGCCAAUACUUGUGGAGGGCACUACAUAUUUGUCUGAUUUCAAAUCCAAACAUUUGGAGUAUAGAGACAGAAAGACGUAAAGCAUAUUGGUGAAGUGGUUCAGUUGUUGUUUGGCCAAACAUUAGAAUGGGGAAGACAAGUGAUCUACUCUACUUCAACCGUGGUAUGAUUGUUGGUGACAGAUGUGGUUGUUCCAGCAUUUCAGAAAGAGCUAACCUCCUGGGAUUUUCACACACUACAGUCUCUAGAGUUUACAGAGAAUGGUGAAAAAAACAAACAACAUGUCUUGAGAGGUUUUCUGGCCAAACACAGGCAUACUGAGGAGAAUAUGCCAGACUUAUGUGGACAGAAAGGUUACAAAUACUCCAAAAACACUUUUCACAACAGUGGUGUGCAGAAGGGCAUCUAGAAAUACACAAUGUGUGGAACCUUGAAGAGGAUGGGCUGCAGCUGCAGAAGACCUUACCGGGUUACAGCUCAGAAUAGGAAAAUUAAUCUACAGUGACAACCAAUACUGUAAGAUUGAGGAAAGGAAAAACUUUUCCUGGUCUGACAAACCUUGAUUUCAGCUGCGAUACAUAUAAUUUGUCUUAAACUGCAUGGAUCUACAGAUCCAUCUUGCCUUAUGACUUCAGUAUAGGAUGGAAAUGGUGUAAUAGCAUGGAGAAUGUUUUCUUGGUACACAUUAAGCCCCUUCAUGCCAGUUUUAAUGCCACAGCAUAUCUAAGCAUUGUGUUUGACCAUGAACAUAUCUUGAUAGACAUAGUCUAUUUUCUAAUGGAUACUUCCAGCAGGACAACGUGACAAGUCAUAAAGCAUGCCUCAUCUCAUGCUGUUUCCAUGAACAUGACUGGGACAGUUUACUCCAAUGGCCUGAAAGUCCCCAAAUCUCAUUGUGUUGUAUUACGAGCUUUAAUGAAAGCGAUACCACUUCUACAAUCUCUUAUUACUGUUGAUAUCUUACUAGUGGCACAGUGUCAUAAUGUUAAAAAAUUCAUUUAGAUAACAUAUUGGAGGAUGUACCAAAUAUUAUCUUUUUGGUACAUUUCGAGAAAUAACGAAGUCAUUCCUUUUGUCAGUGUAUUGAAGAUCAAUGUUCGAAGUCCUGAAACAAAGCAGAAGAAAACCAAGAGGAGCAUGAAAGGAGCACAACAACAGUCCUGAAACGCUGUACACUCAGAGCAGACUAUAUAGACAAACAGCAUAUUAUACUAUGGGGAAAAAGAGAUGCUGGCGAGGUUCAGUAGCCUGUAUGAAGCCCUGAGAACAUUCAGUUCCAGCCAAACUCCACAGCUUUCAGAAUAUGUUUUUAUCUCCUUUUACACCCUUCUGUUUUCCUUUAGUGAAGAACAUGUGGGCUUCUGGUGUAGAGUUUGAUUUGGUCUUGAUUAGGGUUGUUAUUCUGAAUUUUGAUGUUUUCGUGUGUGUGUUUGUGUGUUUGUGUGCCGGCAUCUGUGUUUGUGUGAGUCACCACAAUAACAAACAUUUCUGGAAUGGUCCCUGAUAGUAACAUAUUUGAAUCAAACACAAACAUCCAGAAAAUUCUUCUGGCCUGUUGGCUCUGAUAGAUGUAGUGAAACAAAAAUGUUUUUAUCCACAUUUUGUGUUUCUGUUUUCUCUUUAAGCAAGCCACAGCCUCAGUGUGAAAUUGUUGUAGCUAAGGUUAUAAGAACCGACCAAAUAUAAAUAGAUAAUGGACUGCAAAUACAGCAGCACUACUACAAACAAAAAACUUUUUUGGUCUUUUUACACCAUAGGUAAUUAAAUAUAAAGUGAAAACAAUGUUUUGUGGGUGUAUCCCAACCACCACGUCCCCAGAGAGAAAGUGAAACAUCUGACUUCUAUAAAACACGCAUUAGUGCAGAAUGUGGGCAUGCGCUGAAGACUGAAUCAUCAGGGCACAGGUUUAAAUUAAACAGAGGGAAUAAAAAAUCUCAUUAAUUGACUAUACUUCAAGAGAGACGUCUGAAUUAACCCUGUGUAUGUUUAUGAGUAAAGUGGUCACUGGAGGGUCAGAUGGGAUAGGGAGGGCUUACUCGUUUGAACUAGCAGGACGUGGGCUGAACAUUGUGAUCCUGAGCAGAACCAAGGACAAACUGGACCAGGUGGCACUGGAGAUAGGACAAACCACAGGCCAGAAAGUGAAAGUGAUCGUUGCAGAUUUCACUGAAGAUGACGAGUACGAACAAAUUCAGGAGGAGCUGAAAGGCCUAAACAUUGGUGUAUUAGUGAAUAAUGUUGGGAUUCUGCCCAGUCAUAUUCCCAGCAAGUUCCUACAAAUCAGGAAUCUGACCCAGAGAAUUACUGAAGUGAUCAACUGCAAUGUGAAAGCCUUGGUGAAGAUGAGCCAAAUAGUUCUGCCAGGGAUGGAGAAGAGAGGGAAAGGAGUGAUCGUGAACAUCUCUUCUGGUGUAGCCUGUGUUCCCUCCCCCAUGUACACCAUGUACUGCGCAUCAAAGGUUUUUGUGGAGAGGUUCUCUCAAGGUCUGCAGGCUGAAUAUAAAGAAAAAGGAAUCGUGAUACAGACAGUGGCUCCGUUCGGGGUGUCCACCCCCAUGACGGGCUACCUGAAGCCCAACCUGGUUACCAUGACAGCGGAGGACUUUGUCAGGACGUCCCUGAAGUACCUGAAAGCAGGAGACAAGACCUAUGGCAGCAUCUGCCACACAAUAAUGGGAUGGAUAUUACAGUCUGUUCCUCUGCAGAUCAUCCACAGUGAGAGAAUGCAGGACUGUCUCCGGGAGUAUGUAAAUAAAAGAGUGGGGUCAUAGACCAUAGGUGUUGCCAUAGACCAUCCCCUGCAAAACAUUCUGUUAGACACAUCGCCAUAAUGUCUGCAUAUCUGUUAAUAAUAUAAUACCUUUUAAUAAGUAACUAUUUGUACAAGAGGAUAUUUGAACUUUGUUUACAGGAGCUGUUGGAGACAAAUCUGAGAAAAUGUAUCACAUUCUGAUAAUAUUUGUGCAAAAUUGGAAUGAUAUCUGUCAAACUUUUAGAACUGUACGUCUGUUUUGAAUCAAAUGGCUGAUGAGCUACUUUAUGUAUUUAAUAAAAGGUCAACUG